CUAUAGCUGAAACAAAUUACCAGGUUCCUGUGAUUAACACUAGGACGGCUAGCGCUAUGACGGCGAUCACCAGGUACCACAUGUUAUGCAUCUGCCUUUCUGUAGUCACGUGUUUCUGCAUCCCCAUGAUAUUUAUGUAUGACCUUGAACUACACCAUUUUCUCCGUAUGAUUCCGCAUGAUGCUGGAUCAGAGGAUGUAACAACGACCGGGAAAAUGUCCUCAAAUGGUGAUAAUACAACGAUACAUAGCAACACUGUGAAUGCUCGUGAGGUGUUGGACUACAAAACUAACGUACUGGGAAUACGAAAAACGGGCCAAGUCGGGUACAUGGUGUACGACUGCAGCAACGCCCACCAUGGGGAGUGUGGUGGUUGGUCAGACAGAUUGUCGGGCAUGCUCAGUGUAUACGUCAUAGCUCUCGUAACCAAUCAGACGUUUCUAGUGCACCAUGACAACCCGUGUCCUCUCCAAGACUACCUUGACUACAAAGGUCAUAACUGGGUUUUCAACCAGGCACGCAUGGAGGCAAAACAGCUUAGCCACCAAUAUCUACCGUUUUAUUGUAAGGUCCCUGUUGCCAUCAGGUCAAACCGACUGGAUCGUUUGUUUGUAACCUUCCAUAAGGAAAUAAACUUUGUGCGAAUGAACUGGGAUUAUACCGAACAUUUUCGAGCUAGCAAAGGAAUAGGAAAGACAGUCCCUUGGAUCACAACACUACAGUACUCAGAUAUUUACAAACACUUUUUCAAUUCACUCUUCGUUCUGAAAAAAGAACUGAACGAUAACUUAGAUAGUAUCAAGCGACAAAAACAGUUUGCGUGUGCACACAUCCGUAUGGGGGAAUCAGGCACGGUGCGUACAACGCUUCCCCAGCUUGUCGACAUAUGGCGGUUUCUGAAACAAAAGGAAAGACAGAAAUUCUCAAUAUUUGUUGCAACAGACUCGAAUUCAGUGAGGAAGAAGGCUAACAAAUUGUUUCCGCGAUCUAUAGUGGACAUUGAUGGUAUAAUAACACACAUUGACAUAACUAAGAAAGGCGACUUGUGUGCUGGCUUCCGCAAGGCCAUGUUAGACUUCUUCAUGCUGACACGCUGUGAGGCGUUGCUGAUCACGAGGAGUGGGUUUGGUAUACUGGCCGCCUACCUCAGAGAGCAGCACAAGUUACACUGUCUGACCCCUAAUGGCGUGGUCUCCUGCACUAGAUUCACCAUUCAUGAUAUUUAUCCUACUCCGAUCCUGUCGCCGUUCUAGAUAAUUGGGUGGGUUUUUUAAAAUAAUUUGCCAAUGAUAUUCAAGUGCAAAAUAUCUGAUCGAAUUUCACAUUUAAAUAGUUUUUCUAUUGACUCGUACACAAAAGUUCCGUAGGUAUGUCUAAAAGAUUUGUGUUAAAAAUGAUGUACGUCCGAAUAAAUGUUUAUUUUAUUCUCAAGCUAGUCUCAGUGAAACUACCAAAUGUUGUCAGUUAUCUGCGCAUGAAAUGGAUGAGACUUUCAUUGAAUAUGCACAUGAACUGUAUCAAAUAAAGCAUCA